AUGGUUGAAAUUGAUUGGAAUGCUGUGAACACUCGGGAACUUUGCAAAUUGUUUGCUGAACAAGUUCGUAGAGGGAAUCGUCCCAACACGUAUUUGAAUUCGGUUGGGUAUGCUGAAGUUGAGAAAGGGAUGAAAGAUAGACUCGGUAUUGAGGUGAGCAAGCUGCAAAUUAAAAACAAAUGGGACAAGCUGAAAGAAGAUUUCAAGGCAUGGAAAAAAUUAGCGGUAAGUGACAUUCCAGGCUGUGGAAAAUUCAGGAAACAAGGACUCCAAAAUGAAGAGGACCUACAAGUGUGUUUUGGUAGCAUCAUUAGUAUUGGUACAGAUCAUUGGUCACCGCAUAUAGCGAGUGCUGAGGAAGGACAAAAUGGCACCAAUGAAGAAGACACAGCAGAGGAUGCAGCUGAUAUUGGGCAAAAUAGCACCAAUGAAGGGGGCACACAAGAGGAUCCAUCUCCUGUCAAUGAAAAUGGCAAAAGAGCACCAAGGUUUAUCCAAGAAAAAGGCAAGAAGCCGAAAACAGGGACUGCAUUACUCAUUCAAGAGGCAGUGACAUCCAUGGCUACUUCAGCUAGCUCUUAUGCUUCCAAGAAAGAAGGAAAAUAUUCUAUUGAUGAAGUGAUGGGACACGUUCUUGCUUGUGGUGCCGAUUAUGAGAGCAAUGAAUAUUUCAUUGCAUCUGAAUUAUUUGUGAAAAAGGAACAGAGAGAAAUGUUCAUGACGUUUCCUUCUAAUGAGUUUAGGUUCAGCUGGCUUACUAGGAAGUAUAUGGGCAAGUAUGGAAAGUAG